AUGUCUGAUCACGGUGACGAUUUGGAGGAUGGACUUGACUACAUUUACAGCUCCUCUGGUGAUGACUUGGAAGGCUUGACUCAUAUUCAAGAGACUACAAGCUCAGAAUUGCACGACCAAGUGGAUCACGACAAAAACUUCAAAGAUCAGGAAGCGCACAAUGCUGGAAAAAAGCGUAAGCAUAAAAGUGAUAAGCUGUCUCAAAAGAAGAAACAAAAGAUGGAAUUUGAUAUGGAACAAAAACGAAACCUUGCUAAGGAAUUACCCGAUGUGAUAGCAGAAAAGCUCGCAGCAAAGAUCAGACAACGCUAUCCUGAUUUGUCGCCAUUAGAGUUGAGUGAAUUAUACAUCGGGAAAUCUGCCAUCAGAGAUACUCAAAGCUUUGUUCUUGAGCGAAAUUUGGACAAUUACAAAACUUUCAUUCAGACACAAUUGAGGCGAGUCCUUCAAGAUAAGAGAUUUGUUUUGGUUCUAGCGAUAUCAGCCAUACGAGCAUGUGAUAUAUAUCGAGCUGUCAGAUCUCUUCCAAUUGGAUCUCUUAAACUGAUUAAUAAGAACAAACUGAAUGACGAUCUGAAAACCUUAACGAGGUCAAAGGCUAGAAUCCUCAUUGGUACCUCUGGAAGAAUAUCCAGAAUUUUGGAGACUGAAAACACACCGCUAACCUCUCAAAUGAUAGAUGCAAUCAUCUGUGAUUCCUCUUUCUUAGAUUCAAAGCUGCAAAAUAUAUGGGACUACGACGAGUCUUUCGCACUAGUAAGAAAGGUACUUUCAAUGAACGAAAAGUGCAAAGUCUACUUAUAUUGA